UUUAAUAUAAUUUUCUUUGGCGUUUUCUUUCUCACGCUUCUUCUAAAAGCUGACAUGUGCAAAGUAAACCACACGACGACGAGUUCUACUUUACCUAAUCAAAAGUAGUUUUGUCCGAGAGACUAUAUAAAGAAGCUCGAGGUUUCUUGGGGAGAUUCAGAAUCGAAUAAGAUGGACGACGAUAUGUGGGCUGUUUCCUCUUCUGGCUCUUCCAGAAGCCAUCGAUCAGCAGCAACCACUGCUAAGUACCAAUCUGGUUCUUAUCUAGAUUCGGGAGAUUUUGAGGAAGAUGAAGACGAUGUUGAAGUGGAUUACCCGUGCCCGUUUUGCUCCGAUGAUUAUGAUUUAGUCGAGCUGUGUCACCAUAUCGACGAAGAACAUAAUCUUGAAGCUACCCAUGGGGUAUGUCCGGUUUGUAGCAAAAGGGUGAAGAUGCAUAUGGUGGAUCAUAUUACCACACACCAUAGAGAUGUCUUGAAGAGCGGGCAGAAGGAGACUUACGAGGAAGAUCCAUAUUCUUCAUCGGAUAAUUAUCUUCAAGAUGAUCUGUCUCCAUCUAUGAAUCAUCAUCAUACUUCUAAAACCGAUGAGUUCUUGUCUUUCCUCAACAAUUCUCCAUUGCCAAACCAAACCAAGCCUGCGCAGGAGGUUGAGUCAAGUGUUGAAGACAAGGCUUUGGUUGAGGAUUCAGGAAAAGACAGGAAGCUGUCAACGCCUUUGUCGGAUAGUGAACAGCUGGAGAAGGCAAACAAGUGUGAGUUUGUACAGGGACUAUUGUCAUCAGCCAUGUUUGACGAUGGAUGUGACUUCUUCUGAGAAAAUAAAGAUGCCCAAGGCUGUAAUGGCAUAAAAGGCUGGUCAUUGGCAUUGUUGUAAUUUUAUUCAGUCUAUUUAUUGUAUAUGUAUUUCUUUUA